CGCACAUCGUUUAUAUACUGUGGCCUGUCUGUAUCAAGUCAGAAGAGAACAUGGCUUCAAUCAAGUAUUGGCGGUUGUAUUUACUAACUGUGGUCUUGGGCAUUGGAGGAUCCUUUCAAUAUGGCAUCCAGGUCUCUUUAAUUGCCUCUCCAGCUGAGCACAUUCAAUGUUUUGUGAACUACACAUGGAUGUGGAGGUACGGCAGUCCAGUGGAGGAGUCGGCCAAUCAGCUCAUCUGGUCCUUUAUUGUGGCUGUUUUAAGCCUCGGGGCCUGGGCAGGAGCCAUCCACAGCGGCAGCCUCCCGGUCAAAUAUGGACGGAAAAAAGCUCUCUUGAUCAAUAAUGUUGUGGCAAUGGUGGCUGCCGUGCUUGUGCUGUUCAGUCGCACAGCCAGGUCUUUUGAGAUGAUUCUGCUGGGGAGGUUUUUAUAUGGAUACAAUGUUGGUUUGGGUCUCAGUGUGCACCUCAUGUACCUGGGUGAAAGCUCUCCAAAGGCACUCCGAGGCUUUCUGACACUCACAGGCUCCAUUUUCAUUGCUUUUGGAAAAGUAUUUGGCCAGAUUAUUGGGAUCAAAGAGCUGUUGGGCACAGAUGGCGCGUGGCCAUGGCUGCUGGCUGUCAGUGGUCUUCCUGCCAUCUUCCAGUUCUCCACGCUGCUGCUCUUCCCUGAAUCCCCGCGGUACACUUACAUCGACAAGGGCGACACAGAGGCCUGUAAACGCGCCCUGCAGUGGCUGUGGCAGGAGGAGGACCUUAAACUGGAGCUGGACGACAUGCAGAAGGAGCGGGAGAAUGCGCAAGGUCAGUUGGCCAAGACAGUGAAGGACGUGCUGACGUCACGCUGCGUCAGGUGGCAGCUGCUCACCUUGAUCAUCCCCUGCGCAGGCAUCCAACUCUGCGGCAUCAACGCUUUGUACUUCUACGCCUUUGACAUCUUUCUGGAAUCAGGAGUCCCAAAGAGCCAAAUGCAUUACCUGACAAUUGGCCUUGGAGCAACAGAGCUCAUCACAAUCUUGUUAUGUUCUUUCCUAAUAGACCGAGCUGGGAGGAAGAAGCUGAUGGGAUAUGGAUACCUCCUGAUGGGGAUCACCAUGGCUAUUCUCUCUGUCAUGCUUUACAUAAAGGACCUAAAUCCAGCAAUCCCAUACAUCAACAUUUGUCUUAUAUUUUGUGUUAUCAGCAUUUAUGGAUUGGGACCUUCUGGUGUUUCUAUGGCCCUGCCUGCUGACCUCUUCCUACAGGCAUGGCGCCCAUCUGCGUAUGUGAUAAGUGGAACCAUAAACUGGAUUGGGAUGUUCCUCGUGGGACUGUCUUUUGGAUACAUAGUGGAUGCACUUGGACAGUUCUGUUUCCUGAUUUUUGUGGUAUAUUGUUUUUUGAGUGCAGCUUUCCUGAUUUAUUUUGUGCCAGAAACCAAAGGAAAGACAAUGGUUGAAAUUAUGGAGAACUUCAAUCAACUAAACUUUAAAAACAAGAGAGAGAUCAAUAUUGAGGUUUAUGAUGUUGGAAAGGGCACCAAGUUUUAA